UAGUAUUCCAAAAAUCUCCUCAUCCCCAUUUUAAUAUAAAAGCCUCUAUUUUAACAAAACCCUACUUCUUCUUCUCCUCUCCGCCUCAGAUUCCAGCGGCAGAUCAGACAGCUCGAAGAAAAGGUAAUGGCUCCGAAGCAGCCAAAUACUGGCUUAUUUGUUGGCCUGAACAAAGGCCAUGUCGUAACCCCAAAGGAAUUAGCUCCUCGCCCAUCUGCUAGGAAGGGGAAAACGAGCAAAAGAGUGCACUUCGCAAGGAGCCUUAUCAGGGAAGUUGCUGGUUUCGCACCAUAUGAGAAGAGAAUUACUGAACUGCUUAAAGUUGGCAAGGAUAAGCGUGCUCUAAAGGUAGCUAAGAGGAAGUUGGGCACUCACAAAAGGGCCAAGAAGAAGAGAGAGGAGAUGUCCAGCGUUCUUCGCAAAAUGAGGGCUGCUGGAGGCGGUGAAAAGAAGAAGUGAAGACUUGUUUCAGAGUGAAAAUCAUAGAUUUGAUGGCAUUAGUUAAUACUGUUUCAUUUUGCUUUCAAUCUAUGUUGUUGUUGGUUUUCCAUUUUUUUUUUUUUUUUUUAGGACAAAACCACGGUCAGAAAUUGAUUAACGCGACAAAUUCUUAUGUUUCCCUAUUGCUUUUGUCCUAAGCUUGUGGACACUGAAUGUGAGAAGUAAAGGCUGUGAAGUGAGAUUCUCAGCUUCGGUUAUGAGAAUUCCUUUAAUUUGAAUGUCAUAUCGGAUAAUUCCAUUAAACUGGAUGGAAAUUUAUAUGUGGAUGAACGAUGAUUGCCUGUG